AUGGUCAGACGAUGCCCAGCCACGCCUCUCUCUCGGGCAACCCGCUCUUUCGCGACAGCUCACAGCUACCCCAAUGCCAUCAAACCAUCCAACACAGAAAUCCAGAAUGGCCAGCUGCACCCCAAAAACCUCGAAAUUGCCAUCCAAAGCCUCUACCACGAUGGACUUGUGGUGGUCAAUGACGUGGUACCCCAUGAAAUGCUGGACCGAUUGAACGAAAAAAUGAUCGAAGAUGCAUACACUCUCUAUGCGCGCAAGGAGAACAGUCCUUUCAACUACAACCCCAACAACCUCCAGCAGGAUGCGCCUCCAAUGCGGGAGUACUUUGAGCCCCAGAUUUUCAUGACGUUGGGACCCCGACCCAAAUGGACAUUCUGCUCCGGGAACACGGCCAUGCCUCCAACCCCCGAAUGUCCACCUGUGUCGCAGCCCGUGCACUCGGACGCAGACUUUGAACAUCCGGACCACCCCUUCGCCUUGGUCACGAAUGUCCCGCUCAUCACCAUGACUCCUGAAAAUGGCUCGACGGAGGUCUGGCUGGGCACCCAUCAGGAUACAAAUAUUCAUGUUCAGGAGGGAUUUCACGGGGAGCGUGCGAGCGGACGGAUCAAAGAAGAGGAGCUGGAGAGGAGAAGAUCUAUCCGGCCACCUUGCCAGCCUGUCGUUCCGAAAGGAUCAAUUGUUCUUCGCGAUUUGCGACUCUGGCAUGCGGGCGUUGGAAAUCAGACAGAUGCCGUGCGAGUGAUGCUGGCUAUGAUUCAUUUCUCCCCGUGGUAUUGCAAUUCGAUGCGAUUGCAGUUUUGCGAGGACAUGAAAUCAGUUGUGGAGAGUGAGCAGAGGCUAGAAAUUCCGGUGGAUUGGGCGUCGAAAGAAGAGGUCAGCCAGCAGUAUCUGAGCCGGGCAUUUGGCAAUGCGUAUGAUUUUAGUCAGGGCGGUCAAUAG